ACGCCCAGAUGAUUUUGAAUGUCCCCAGAGACGGAGGCUCCGCGGCCUCCGCGGGCGGCCUGUUCCAGCGACCUGCCGCUUCACACGCGGAGAAGUUCUGACUGUUUUUGGGGCGAAAUUUGUGGUUUUAUCUCAUGGCGGCUGCUGUGUGUCCUGCGGGAAAGUGACACCGGCAGGAGCCUGUCUGUGCCUACGGUUCGCCGGGAGGGCGGUGCCGCCGCCCCUCAUGGACAGGGCCGGGCGAAGGCGCCGCCGGGACUCCAGCGGGGCCGGGCCGGCCCCAGGGCGGCGGACGCGGCGAGGCGGAGGAAGAGGACAGCGGAGCCCGGCAGGAACAAGGCCACGGUUAAGGGAAGAGUCGUGAAAUCGGCGAUAGAGGAGUACCAUAAGAAGAAGCCUGUGAAUCACUUGAGAGAAAACCUGCAGUACAUGUUAAAGGGACGACUUGUUGCAGACAAAGCUGUCACAGAACAAAUUCUUGCUCAGAACAGAGGCAGGAAGUCCAAAGAUCAGCCUCCAGAGAAGAGAGAAAAGAAGAAGCCUGAAGGCACCGUGUUUACUGAGGAAGAUUUCCGUAAAUUUGAGAGGGAAUACUUUGGAGUCCCAUAAACAUCGUGACAGGGAUUCUUGCAGCUCCAGUCUCUCUGCAGCUUCUCCACUCUGGCUCGCAGGCCUGGGCAUUUCCUUGGUGUAUUUGAGAUGGCAGAUGGGGGAUGUGCCUCUGUGUGGGACUUACAGAGCUGUUCUGCAUCUGGGCAGAGCUUGUUACUGGCCAGCUAAAGCCACAGAGAUGCUCUUGGCUCUGAGGUGUGUUGUCCUUAAAAUCAUCUUCCUGCAGCCAGCAUGUCUUGCAUUCUUGAUGUAGAAGGGUGGACUAAGCCAAAUAAAAAUCGUUUUCCCCUUCCUUAGAAUAUAAGGCUCCUGCUACCUGUGUUAUUUGGCAGGAAGCAUUAAAAGUGUUGAAAGUGUUGUAUCUGAAUGGAAAAAUAUUUUGGACCAGCAUUAAGAAGGAAAGGAUGCUUUGAAAGACUGUUAAACUUGAGUAACCCUGCAGUUUGGGUGCUUAUUACAGCCCCUGCCAGGUCUGUCAGUCAUUGCAAAAACUUUUUAUAUGUAAUUUGAUUAAAUAGUUGUUGCAGACACUGUC